CUUCUACUACCAUUUUUUUUUGAAAAAAAGGCUGUUUGUCCCAAUUUCGUUAUUUUUUAUAUUAUUCCUAAAAUGUCUGCCCAGUCGUCAGUCGAUGAGGUUAUAAAUGCGCUAAAUGUACUUUACCAGGGCGGCGAUUUGAAGGCCCGGGAGCAGGCCAAUGCGUGGCUCGAGCAGUUCCAAAAGACGCCACAGGCAUGGACGACGGCUGACACAAUCCUCGGGACGGCAACAGCGGGGCUUGAGGUGAAAAUGUUUGCUGCACAGACGCUGCGCAACAAGAUUAUCAACGAUUUCAGCGAACUGGGCGAGACUGGGGCGCUCUCGCUGCGCGACUCGGUGGUUGUGCACCUGGGCAAUGCGCGGUCGGGGCCCCAGCCGCUGAUCACACAGUUAUGCCUGUCGCUGGCCGAUCUGGCUGUGCAGCUGGGCGCGUGGGCCGACCCGUUCAGCGACAUGGCCGGGUCGUUCCUGAGCGACCCUGCAUCGGUAUCGUGCCUGCUUGAGUUUCUGGCGGUGCUGCCGGAAGAGGUAGUGAACGAGCGGAUCAUCCUGCCCAACGAUUUCUACCAGCAGCGGUCGGCGGACCUGCUGACCAACAAGGCCACCGACCUGAUCCAGCUACUGGUGCAAUGCCUGCAGCAGCCGGAUCUCAAGGCAGACGCGCACACGCGCGUGCUCAUCUGCUUCACGACGUGGCUCAAGAGUGGCGAGAUCACGCUGAUGAUGGUAGCGAAUACGCCGCUUAUUGAGCUCGCAUUUGCGGCACUCAAGGCUGACGACUCGGACGUGUUUGAUACGGCAGUGGAUGCCAUCUGUGGGAUCAUAUACGAGACUCACUUGGACCGCGACGACGAGCCGGCAGCGGUUGAGGCGAAGAAUGCGGCGGUUGAGCAGCAGCUCGUGCCGCAGCUCAGCAUGGUCGCGGAACAGAUGCGGGGGGACCAGAUGGUGCGGGCCGGCGACGAAGACCGGUCGCGCGGAUACUGCCGGAUCUUCACCGAGGCAGGCGAGGCGUGGGUGCACCGCAUGGUCCUAUCGACGCCGCCGUACGAGAGCCUGAUUGGCGCGCUGGUGGACUGUAUGCGGCUGGAGAGCCUGGACGUCAUUGCUAUGCUGUUUGACUUUUGGACUAUCCUGGCCGACAAGGUGCUGGAGUACACAAACUCGUGCGAUCCGGGCCGCCGCAUGAUGGCCAGCGUAUUUGACACAAUCAUAGAUAUCAUCAUCGGCCAUCUAAAGUACCCGGCUACUUACGACACGACCAACGAGCGCGGCGGGUGGACCGCCAAGGAGCGCGACGAGUUCAGGGAGUUCCGCCAUACCAUCGGCGAUGUGCUCAAGGACUGCGUGCGCGUAGUGGGGCAGACCAAGGCGCUGAUGCAUGCCUACGAGCAGAUUGCCAGCCGCAUCACCAGCGCCCAGGUGCCGUGGCAGGACAUCGAGGCGCCCCUGUUUGCACUGCGGGCCAUGGGCGCCGAGGUGUCGCCGACCGAGAACGACGUGCUGCCGAAGAUCAUGGACAUGUUUGCGCAGUUCCCGCCGCACCCGAAGCUGCGGUAUGCAGCAACGCUGGUGAUUGGGCGGUACACUGAGUGGACAUACGAGCACCCGCAGUACGUGCAGUUCCAACUCAGCUAUAUCGCCGACGGCUUCAAGAUCCGUGAGGUUGCUGCUGCCAGUGCCCAGUCGCUCAAGUACCUGUGCCAGGACUGCGCCAAGUUCAUGGCCGACCACUGGGCUGAACUUCUAGAGUUCUUCAACGAGGUGGCGUCCAGCGGAACCUUGGAUGACAACGACAUUAUCGAGUUCUCGGAAGCCCUGGCACAUGUGGCCAAUGGCAUCCCAGACCAGAACACGGCCGAGGCGCUCCAGUCGUUCUGCCUGCCGGUGGGCAACCAGCUGGCGGCAAUGCUGCAGGCGCCGGAGCUGAGCGAGAACGAGCGCAGACAGGUUUCGCUGCUGCUGGACCGGCUGGGCGUGUUUCUGCGGUAUGUGCACAUUGACGACAAUGAGACAGCCGAGGCGUGGACCGGCAAAAUCAUUGCCGACUCGUGGCAGGUCCUCAGCGUCGCGUUCCAGCGGUUUGGGGGCGACGCCUACAUCUCCGAGAGCAUCUGCAAGUUUGUGCGCGUGCUGGUCGAGUUCUACCCGACUGUCGUGCGGCCAGUGAUCGGCCAGAUCGUCGACGCUGUGGUCCAGGCGUUCCAGCAGACUGCCAGCACUGCCUACCUGUGGCUGGCCCGCCGGAUCCUCAAUGUGCACCGCACGCUGGCAGCCGAGGAGACUGAAUCGCUGCAGCUGGCUACCAGCAUGGUGAGCCAGAUCAGCUCGGCAGCCAUGUCGUUCUUCCAGACCAGGUCCUUCUCGGAGGUGCCUGAGACCACUGAGGACUACUUCCGCCUGAUGGAGCGUGCGGUUGAGGCGCUGCCCGGCUACAUCCUGACCAUGCAGUCGUUCCCGUACGUGUUCCAGGCUGCCAUCGCGGCACUCGAGGUCAACCAGUUCCAUGCGCAGAUGGCAGUCGUGCAUUUCUGGUCUCAGGUGCUCAGCCCCACCCGCCGCCAUCUGCGCGUGAUGCGCGAGAACCGGUCCACCACAUCCAUGCCAGCAUCGUCGUCGAGUCCCGGCCACUUCCCGUCGCCUGCGCGCACCCGCAGAAGAAGCAUCCGCAUGGACACGUAUCCGGUCGAGCAGAUCGUCGAGCUGUGUACCAAGAACGGCUUUGAGCUGGUGUUCAAGCUGAUGCAGGGCCUUAUGCAGAGCUUUGACCGGGAGGCGAUAUCCGAGGCCACCGAGAUCUUUGCGUCUCUUGCAGCGAUUGUCAGCGACGGGCCGACGACGCUCACGGGCCAGUUCGACUCUCCACCACAGGCCACCAUAAUGGACUGGCAGCAGGCGGUGCUGGCGCAGGUGCCUGAUGCCAAUCUGCCGCCGACCGACCGCCAGUCGCUGAUGGGCGACCUGUCGAACCAUAUCCAGGGCCGCCAGUGGGCCAGGGUCAAGUCGCUGAUGAGCGACUUUGCUGCUGUGUUUAGGCGCCGCAACGCUGGCAACUGAAAAGGAAAUAAAGAGCCGUUUAUUCUCAACGAAUGCUUUCUUAAAACUCUUCGACCUCAACAGUCAGCCCACAGAUGGUGCAUUUCUGCUCGCAGCUGUCAUCGCCGAUAGCCUCAAACGUGUGUUCGUG